CUUUUUAUUUGACAGAUAUUUUGUAAAAAAAACAAAUAAAAAAUGCAUUACCAACUUAUUAUUUUGGCGAUCCUCGCUCUGGUUUCUGUAACAAAGCAACAAACAUUUGAUAUUGCGACUGUUCCGAUUCGCGUUCAAUCUUACUGCAGCAGCAAGAUGGCGGUCAGGGGGACAUGUAGAGCGACUUUCAACCGAUACACGUUCAACCAGGCCACAAAUGAGUGCGAACAUUUAGUAUUUGGUGGUUGUGGAACAACAAGAAACAUUUUUCUUACCCGAGAAGAGUGUGAGCGCGAUUGCAAGCGAACCGAAACCCAAAUGCGAGCGCUGCGAAGUUCUUCUCAAAGUUGCACAUUCCAAGUAAAUUUGGGAAGAGACUGUUCAAUCAACAAUCCAUCUGACAUCGGACUUUGUCUUAACUAUUCGCCGACCAAUCUCACACAACACAGUUGUUUAUCGUUUGGUUGCUGCUGGGAUUCUAUUUUAAGGAUCUGUUACCAAAAAGCAAGUCAAACCGUUGAAACGCACUGCCAGAUUAAAUACGCGGAUGAGUUUGGAUUUUAUGGCAAACUGAACUUCCAAGGCGAUCGCCGAUAUCCAUCCGGAUGGUCGGGUCAACUUAGUUUUUCUAGAUCUGUUGCGGGCGGUUUCUGUCUUCUUCGAGACCAAGUUGAACCAAGUGGUAUACAAGUAUCAUCAACUACAAUGAAUGACAGACGCUUCUUCUUUCUGCACGGCACACAGCCAGUAUAUGAAGGACACAAUGUUGCUGUCUUAUUUUCAGGCAGCUAUGGAAAUGCAAAUUUUAACCACCAGAGAUGUUCGCAGUUAAAUUAUCCCUGAGCUUAUUAUUUGUCAUUUUAUAUUAGCGCCUGUUUAAAUAAAAAAUUUUGCUGCUUGAA